AUGGAGACAACCUCGAGCAUGGCUCCUACCAACAACCACCGAGAGUCAUGGGAUUCUCUCUCCUCAACCUUCGGCAAUCUCGAAGUUUCCUUCUCGCAGGACAGUUGCUAUGGCUCGGACGAAUUGUCGGUUUCGUCAAAAGCCACAGCGCCGCUGCAAUCCAGUGCUUCUACCUUCAUCGCUAACCGCGAGGAGCCGGCUCUCCAUCCAUUCCUCAAAUCUAUUCUGAAGAAUUCUACCGCGAAUCUACGAGAUGAGGAAUCCGACAAUGAAUCCGGGUCCGAGUCCGAGUCUGGCUAUGGAUCGGAUGAUAUCGAAUUUGACUACGAUGCUCUGUCCGAAGAUGAGGACGAUGAAGAUGAAAUGUCGGACUUCUCUGUCUGGGACGACGAAACUUCACACGACGUCCCCGAAACCCACCGAGACCACACUGAUUCAUUUGACGACUCAUUCAUCGGCUUUGAGACCUCGGUCCGGUUUGAUCCCAGUAUUCAAUACAUCGACACUCCUGACACCGAGAUGUCGGAAAAUGAAAUGGGAUCACAUUCCGAGAUGACCGUGCAUGAGAUGAUGCUCCUUGCCCAGAAGUCAGGAUUCUCUCAGAGCUCCUUCCAUGGAUCUGACGCUGGUGGCCAUUAUGACGACAGUGACUGUGAUCACAAAGAGUCCUAUCGGAUGAAUGCCAUGCAACUUGAUGAUUUCACACGUGAUGCGGUCGAUGUGGACCAGCGUCUCUUUAUCGCCUACAUGCACGGGAUUCGAGGCAUCACCGAUGCCAAUUACAAAACCUAUCUACAUACUCAGGCGGAUAAUAUCAGACUGGGUCAAGAGACUGAGUCCAUGCAUCCUGACGAUCCACCUUGCAUGUACCUGGACCGGAUCCUCAGUCAUGUUAUCGGAGUCUUCCGAAACCUCCUCACCGAGGAAGAACUGAAUGGACUCAUCGAACUUCGCAAAGAAGACUUGGCCCUUGCGCCUGCCUCGGAUCUGAACCCCCACCAGAUUCUGCUUGACAGGAUCGAACAGAUCCUUCUCAAUCGACUGACCAACGGUCAUGUGGACGUUCUCCCAGAUGAGCUGAGCUUCUUUGCGGGCGGAAUCGCACAUGCACUCGGCACCGAGGAGAUGCCGGCAUUCUAA